AUGGCCGUAACUAUGGACCCCAAGCCAGAGAAAUUGCGAGAAAAUAUCAUCCUAAAGUUCAAAAACCUAAAGGUAACAUGAAAACUAGCUGCUAUGCGUUGUUUUGAUUUAUUCUGACGAGAUAAAAUCUAUUUUCAGGUCUUGACAGCAGAGAAGCGCUGUAUGUUUUGGAGUAGCCGCAGCAAAAGGUAAAAAAACUACAAUAUAUUAUUGCAUAGUAUUUAUUCCUUCUUAAAUUAUAUUGAGUAUGUAGGAGAAUGAAUGAACUUUCUCAGAUGUUUUUGCGCAGAUUAACACUUUCCUGGAAGCCAACAUGUUGUCGUUUUUAAAGAAGGGAAGUCUCAUUGAAAUGUUCUCGCAACUAUGACUACAAUGGAAGAAAAUCUUAGCGCAAAAUUCUCAAACAUCACCUUUUACUCAAACGAUGAAUAAUUUUUUAACUUUACUCUUUUUUCAUGUGUCACAGCUUUUCAGAGGAAGGUUGUCAUGUAGUUACAUCAAAAAGUAACUCAGAAGAAACAGUUUGCAGUUGCAAUCAUUUGACGCAUUUUGCCGUCUUACUGGACUACGACGGUAGCACAAAGGUAAUAAAGUUAUUUUUGCCUUACUUAAUAGUUUUAUGGGCUCAAUGAACUAACUCAAUGUUGUCCUUCAAUUUUUCUUUUCUUGACACAGCUCACUGAGGAGGACGAAAGAAUUCUGAAAAUUAUCACCUACGUGGGACUGAGCCUUUCCAUAAUCGGGAUACUUUUAACAUUAAUACUUUAUUCUUGCCUCACGUAAGCAAUGCACUCGAUUAAUAAUGAGGUAGAUUCUUAACUCCCCUCAACAAGGCUGGUGAUAAAAGAGAUCUCAAUGCCAGUCUCCAUGCAAACAAGAACAGUCAUGUCGGAUAAUUCACAAACUCAAGCUACAUUUCAUGCCCCAUCACGAACUUUUGAACAACUAAUGGUUUCACUUUUUAUGAAUUUUUUAGGCUUUAGACAUUUUCUUCGUAAUAUUUUCUUUUUUUGUCCUCUCUGGAGCUAUUUACUGACUUUCUUCUUUCCUUCGCUGUCAAGAUUUAGUUAAUUUUUUCCUGUGUGUUGUUGCUUUUGUCUCAUUCAUUCUUCUUGUUUUUAAUAUUAUUUUACCAGGGAUGUUCGUAAACCUCUCUCUCAAAUUCGACUGAGUGUUUCUAUUUCCCUUGGAGCUGGACAGAUCAUCUUCCUCGCUGGAAUAAACGCCACAGGAAACAAAGUCAGUAGCCUCUCCUUCUAUCCAUAGUAUGAAUUUGGUCUUUGCACCGCAAAUAUCUUAUCGAAAGAAGCACGUUAAGAAUUAUACGAAAACUCGUCCUUUCCACAGGCUGCCUGUGUAACAAUAGCAGCUCUGAUGCAGUAUUUCUUGAUGGCCGCUUUCUGUUGGAUGCUGAUCGAGGGAAUUUAUUUCUACUUCUUCGUCGUGAAAGUUUACAACAUUAACACCAAGAUGUACAUGUAUCACGUCAUCUCAUGGGGUAAGUUUAUUAUUUUAAAACAUGCACUGGUAACUGUACCCAUACUUUCGGAUCGCUAAAUCUGGUGUUGUCAUGCAGUAUAAUGCUUUGAUAUCCUUCCUUUGUUUAUGGGUAGGUCUUCCAGUGAUCAUGGUGGCCAUUUCACUUGGCAUCGCUGCUGGAAAAGAAGGGUUACAAAGCUACACGAGUGAUAAAUAGUAAGAAAAAAAUUCAAGGGUUUCUUCUUGCUCUUCUCCUUUUAAUUUUUUGCAUUUCUCUCUUUGUUUUUUUUUUGGAUAUAGUUUGAAAUAGGUAUCAUUUUAUUUUCUGACAAUGUGUAUAUCUUUCUUGUGUUUCACUUCCUCGAGUUUAGUUGCUGGCUUUCCUCGACUAACAACCUGAUCUGGAUAUUUGUCGCCUUUGUGGCGUUUAUUGAAGUUGUGAGUUAA